AAUUACCUAACCUAGAGGAUCAGAUGUCAGUUGGCUCUGUUUAUUUUGGUUUUGGUACUUUAAUGGAAUUUCGUCUCAUGAAUGAAUUGAGUAUGAAUCAAGAAAUUAUUCACUUCACCAUGUCUUAGAUGGACGGCAUUGAAUUCUCUACUAAAUAAAUCAAAAAGAUAUCCGAACAAACCAUGCGAUUCAACAACUUUGUCAGGCAAUUAUUCUUCUCCAAAAAAAGCAAACCAAACUUUGGGAAGUAUGCCAUUGUUCAGCCAGGAAAAGUGUCUGCAAGGAAAACUGUUCCUGAGCACAUCGCAAAGCCCAGUUACUACAAAACUGGGCAACCGCUCGAAAACAUACUGCAUGUCGAGGUGAAAAAUGAGGAACAAAUUGGGAAAAUGCGAAAAUCUUGCACUCUAGCGGCAACUAUUCUAGAACGAACAGGGGAAUGUAUCAAAGUGGGACAAACCACGGAUGAGAUUGAUGCAAUAGUUCACAAUUUGUGUAUAAAAGCUGGCGCUUACCCUUCACCAUUAAACUACCGCAACUUUCCAAAGUCGGUGUGCACUUCAGUGAAUAACGUGGCCUGCCAUGGUAUUCCUGAUGAUAGACCUUUGGAGGACGGCGAUAUAAUCAAUGUGGACAUUACUGUUUUCCUCAAUGGUUAUCACGGCGACUGUUCGAAGACUUUCCUGGUUGGAGAUGUAGAUGAAGAAGGCAGAAGAUUGGUAGCAGCCGCAGAAGCAUGCUUGCAAGAUGCAGUCAGCCUCUGUAAGCCGGGAAAGCCUUUUCGGGACAUUGGCGGUAUUAUUGAAGAAACUGCGGCAGCAUUCAGCUUUAAAGUGAUUCCGGCUUUUUUGGGCCACGGAAUUGGGCAUUACUUCCACGGACCACCUGAAAUAUUCCAUUUCCGAAACGAUUAUCCGGGGAAGAUGGAAGCUGGCAUGACAUUUACCAUUGAGCCGAUCUUAACACAGGGCGAAGAGCUGAUAGAUAUUCUAGAAGAUGAUUGGACUGCGACUACAGCGGAUAACGCUCGUACCGCCCAAUGCGAACACACGGUCUUAAUUACGCGCUCUGGGGUGGAAAUCUUGACGCUCCCCUGUUAGUCGGGUACAUAAGCGAAAAUAAAAGGCAAACUUGUUUGUAAAUAUUUUCAUUUUUUAUAUAAAUGGCAUGUACUAUGUACAGUAAUAAAAAUUUGUGUACAUACUGACCCACCCUGUAAAAUUAUUUGUACACCUUUCAGUGGGUCUAGAUGCGAAAAUAACCAAAUCCUUCAUUCCUCAUUUUCUAUAUAACAUCAAAUAUUGACGACACUUUCUGGGUAUAAAAUGGAAUGUUUUAUACUUUCAAGAGGGCUUAAUUAUUGCAUCGCUUUGGUUAUUUUCCCACUUUUGCGGCUGAUUUACAAGUUGCACUAUGCAUACCUUUACAAACUCUAAUAGAAAAAUAUACCUAUAUUAUAUAAUAAAUUUUUAUUUCCUUUUGAAUUGCCGCUGGUUUUACGAAAGUAUGAAUAUACAACUAGGGAAGCACGCUCCAUUUAAACAA